AUGGACCCGCAGGAAGUGAUGGAGAAUUCGGUGAGCACCUUCGUCAGAAAUGGGACCGGCGAGUACGCCAACUACACCGAUCU